CUCUACACACCGACCCCUACCACACCGACCCCAAGUGAACCAGAUUAUGGCCCCGGCCCCUGGCAGAAUGUUCGAAUCCCCACCUAUUUCAAACCCAUACACUACGAUCUCGAACUCGUGGUUAACCUUGAGAAACUAAUAUUCAGUGGCAACGUGAAAGUUUUUCUUACUUUAUCUGAAGAGACACCGUAUAUGUACUUACACACAAACAAGCUGAACAUCUCCAAUCCAGUGCUAAAGAAAAGUGACGUGGAGAUCGGUCUGAAAAGACAUUUCUGGUACAAGAAGAACGAGUUUUACGUAAUGGCAGCGAAAGAAAACUUGACUUCGGGUAAUUAUACGAUUGAAAUGGAUUUCGUUGGUAAACUGGAGGACGAUUUGAAAGGGUUAUACAGAAGCACUUACAAGAGAGGAAAUAAAACAAUAACUAUAGCAUCGACGCAGCUUCAACCAACGGACGCAAGAAAAGUCUUUCCAUGUUUCGAUGAACCAGCAUUCAAAGCAACAUUCAAUGUGACAAUAGUUCGUCCUAAAGAUAUGAUUUCUAUAUCAAAUAUGCCUCAGAUAAGAAACGAGAGUCGAUCCAACGAUAUGGUUGCAGAUUUCUAUGAGAAAACCGUUAUAAUGCCAACAUAUCUCUUGGCGUUUAUCGUAUGUGAUUUUGGUUACUUGUCCUCGUCAUCUGGCGACACAUCAAUGAAGUAUUACGCAACAAAAGAACAACUGGAUCAAGCUGAAUAUGCCAAAAGCGUCGGUGGAAGAAUACUGGAGCAUUUUGAAGGAUAUUACAACAUCUCGUAUCCAUUACCAAAAGCAGACAUGAUCGCAAUACCUGAUUUCGCUGCUGGUGCUAUGGAGAACUGGGGACUCAUCAUUUAUCGUGAGACAGCAAUGCUGUUCAAGAAAGGCCAGUCAUCGGAGAGCAACAGGGAGAGAAUUGUUCAAGUUAUUGCACACGAGCUUGCGCAUAUGUGGUUUGGUAACUUGGUCACUACGGCUUGGUGGAAUGAUUUGUGGUUGAACGAAGGAUUUGCGAGCUUUGUAGAGUACAUUGGGAUGGAUGCAAUAUAUCCUGAUUGGCACAUGCAAGAUAUGUUCGUUAAUUACGACAUGAACAAUGCUUUUACGUUGGACGCAUUAGUAACUUCACAUCCAAUAUUACUGGAAGUUAAUCAUCCGGACGAGAUUAAUGAAAUAUUUGACAGUAUUUCUUACAACAAGGGUUCUACGAUCAUUAGAAUGCUGCAAUAUUUCUUGACGGAAGCCACCUUCAGAAAGGGACUGAUAAGUUAUCUCAACAAAUAUAAAUAUUCCAACGCAGAGACAAAGGACUUAUGGCAAUCUCUCUCGGAGGCAAGUAAACAGGAUGGUUCGAAAAUUAAUGUGUCUAUGGUCAUGGAUACUUGGACUUUGCAAAUGGGAUUUCCUGUAGUUAACGUGACUGAGGAGGGAGGAGAAAUCGUAUUGAAGCAACAACGUUUCUUAGCUGAUCCCAAUGCCAAUCAAAGUAAUACGAAAUUCACCUCCGAUUAUGGAUAUAAAUGGCAUAUUCCGUUCACAAUCGCAGUAAGAGGAGAGGAUAGCGACACCUUCGUUAAUACCACAGGACUAGAGCUUGUUUGGAUGACUCCAGAAAAAGAUAAUGUCACCGUAUCUAACAAAACUUGGGACCCAAACACGCAAUGGGUGAAAGGAAAUAUCGGUCAGACUGGUUACUACCGCGUCAACUACCCCGAAAAGAACUGGGACCUACUCGCUGAACAGUUACUGUACAAUCAUUUGGUAUUUUCACUUGGCGACAGAGCCGGUUUAAUUCGCGAUGCGUUCGCUUUGGCAGACGCUGGUAUGCUGAAGUUCAAAUACGCUCUCAAUUUGACAAGAUAUUUGGUAAAGGAGACGAAUUAUAUACCUUGGGAUGCAGGGUACUCGAGUCUAUCAAGUCUGACCGCCACUUUACCCAAAUCAGGAAAAAUCUACCAAAAAUUGCGAGAAUACCGUUUCAAAUUGCUGAAACCAAGCUUUACAAGACUCGGCUUCAGCGACACAGGAACACAUUUGGAAAAAUAUUUGCGAGUCGAUGCAGUCUACGCAGCUUGCGGUGCCAAAAAUGAAGAGUGCUUAGAAAAAACCAAAGAAUUAUUUGACAACUGGAUCAAGAAUGAAUCAUACCCGGUGCCGCCAGAUUUGAAAUCAGCCGUUUACUUUUAUGGUAUGUCGAAGAGCGGUGAGGAAGAGUGGGAUAUUAUGUUUGAGAGACUACAGAAAACUAACGUGGCUUCUGAACGUAGAAAACUGAUGUAUGGCUUAGCUGGAACGCCUGAACCUUGGAUACUCAAUAGAUAUUUACAAUAUGCUUUUGACGAAUCAAAAAUCAAGAGUCAGGACACCAGCGCAGUUCUAUCGUACAUUGCGAACUCCAAUCCGAUUGGUCGCCAUUUUGCUUGGAAUUUCCUGAAGGAGAUGUGGCCUACGAUCCUGGAAAAAUAUGGCAAAGGCUUUGGAUUCUCUGUCAAUCGAUUCGUGAAUGGUGUGGCAUCUGGUUUCAGUACUCAGUGGGAGUUAGAGCAGCUGGAGAAUCUUUUUAAGAAAUAUCCCGACUCCGGCUCUGCGACACGUGCCCGAGAACAGCUUUUUGAAACUGUUCGUUCAAACAUUCAGUGGAGAGCAAAAUAUGAGAAACCAAUUGAAGAUUGGCUUGAAACCGUUUAAAAAAUAUCCUAAAAUGACGUGAAUUCUUCACAGCUUGAACACUUUGUGAUAUGCAGAACUGUAGUAGUUUAUAGAUGCAAUUAGUUUUUUAUGCCAGACACCAUUUUUAGUUUUUCAACCCUCAGAUUUUAUGCCUCUUUAAUUAUCUCUUUCAUACAGUUUAUGGUGGAACAUUAGACAUUUUCGUAGGACUGACUAAAUUCUGUUGUACUUCGUUUGUACGACAAAGUGUUUGGAUUCGUCAGCAUAUUUACGGAAGUAUUUUUUGUGAAAUGAUUCCUGUUUCCGUUUUCCAACCUUCUCAACUAUCUGACUGACUGCCAAACCCGCAUACCUUUAAGACACCGUAUAUAAUCCACCAUAGCGGACCACACCAGAUAGUUGAAACAUAUUCUUUUUUGUACUUGUAAAUUCUUUUUCGUUUUUCUUUCUAUGUAUAUUAUCGACUGUAUGUGUCUUAUUGGGCGACAUUUUAAGUCUAUAUGUACUGAUAUUUUAGAGUUAUAUAUUUUAUAAGUGGUUAACACAAAAUAUCGAUAGAUAUUAGUUGUAUUAAGUGUUGAUUAUAUUGUUCGAUCAUGA